AUGGGGUCCAGGCAAGACCAGCACGCGGCUGCCGCUCCGCAGCCGGCCAACAGAGGUGCCGCAGUACCGGCAGGGCAGCAGAAGGACGCCGCCGCCGCCGGCGGCCGCCCCGGGGCGGGAGGGAACAGGCGGGUGCUCGGGGACAUCGGCAACGUCGUCCACGCCCACGCCCACGUCCUCGACGGCAAGAUCAAUCGCCCAAUUACCAGGAGCUUCGGUGCCCAGCUCUUGAGGAAGGCCCAGGCCGAUCCAUCUAAGAACGGCGUAGCUGUUCCUCCAGCAGAGCGGGCCGGCCUGAAGCCGGUGGCCAAGAAAGUCCCUGUCAAGCUCAAGCCCGCCGCCCCUCGCCCUAAGCCGGCCGCCAAGAUCGUCACCGGCCCCGGCGAAAACAGGAAGCCAUCAGAGGUUGCCGCCGGUUGCUCUGCCCCCAGGAAGAAGGUCGUCCACACCCUCACGACCGUGCUCAACCAUCGUUCCAAGGAGGCCUCAAUCGAUGAUAUCGACAAGCUCGACGGCGACAACGAGCUCGCCGUCGUCGACUACAUCGACGACAUCUACAGAUACUACAAGGAGGCACAGCACGAGUGCCGGCCAAUCGAUUACAUGGGCAGCCAGCCCGAGAUCAACCCCAAGAUGAGGGCAAUCCUGAUAGAUUGGCUAGUUGAAGUGACCCAUAAGUUCGAGCUCAUGCCCGAGAGCAUGUUCUUAACAAUGUACGUCAUCGACAGGUUCCUCUCCUUACAGGCGGUGCCUCGGCGGGAGCUGCAGCUCGUCGGCAUGGCGGCCAUGCUCAUCUCCUGCAAGUAUGAGGAGAUUUGGGCCCCAGAGGUAGACGAUUUCAUAUCCAUAGCCGACUACUCGUACUCGAGGCAGCAGAUCCUGUCCAUGGAGAAGAACAUACUCAACAGCAUGGCGUGGAACCUCACCGUGCCCACCCCGUACGUCUUCCUGGUGCGAUUCGCCAAGGCCGCCGGAAGCGACAAGGAGCUUGAGCAUAUGAUCUUCUUCUUCGCCGAGAUGGCGCUCAUGGAGUACGGGCUGGUCACGGUGCGCCCCUCACUGGUGGCGGCGUUUGCCGUGUACGCCGCUCGGUGCACGCUGAAAAGAAGCCCCAUCUGGACGGAAACCCUCAAGCACCACACCGGAUUCGCUGAACCCCAGCUCCUGGAGCCUGCCAAGGUGCUCGUCAUGGCGCACGCGGCUGCUCCGGAGUGCAAGCUCAAGGCCAUCUACAAGAAGUACUCCUCUGAGCAGUAUGGGCGCGUGUCUCUGCGCCCUCCGGCAGUCGCAGCUCCUCAACGUCUGGCCUAG